GUACAGCCUUCAACAAAGACGACAAAUGCUUGGGAGGAACACAUAUUGAUCGAUUAGGGCAUUUUAAUGGUUUAAACUAUCGUGUUUUAAUUUGUGUAGUGCGGUCUGAGGAUGAUGAACAGACGGGGCGUUCUUCAAAGCGUUGGCUUUGUCUUUUUCUUUGUUGUGGUGCACCACGCACACGGAGACCUGAGCUAUUCUGUACAGGAGGAGCUGAAGCGCGGAUCUGUUAUUGGGAAUGUCGCCAAGGAUCUCGGACUGGAGGUGGGCAGACUAUCUGCUCGCAAAGCUCGUGUUGACAUGGAAGGAAACGAAAGACAAUAUUGCGGGAUCAACCUUCGAAGCGGGGAUUUAGUCGUUGCGGAAAGAAUAGACAGAGAGGAGCAUUGCGGAGAAAAGCCUUCAUGUGUUCUUAAAUUCGAGCUGCUAUUAGAGAAUCCACUGGAGUUACACCGAUUGUCCCUGCAGGUGCAGGACGUGAACGAUAAUGCACCAAUUUUCCCGAAGGAUGUUAUAAAGCUUGAAAUUACAGAAUCAGCUGACAAAGGAGCGAAGUAUCGCAUUAAUGCAGCACAAGAUGCUGAUAUAGGCAAGAAUUCAGUUGAAAGCUACAUUUUGCAACAAAACCCCCACUUUGUGUUCAGUAUUCAGACGACAAAUGCUGGCAGUAAAUACGGUGAGUUGGUUUUAGAUAAGGAGUUAGACCGGGAGGAGCAGCAGGAAAUGAAAUUAUUGCUCACAGCUGUGGAUGGUGGUUCUCCUCAGAGAUCCGGGACUGUAGUCAUACACGUCGUUGUGCUUGAUGCUAAUGAUAACGCCCCGGUGUUUACUGAGGCCGUAUAUACAGCCACGUUACCGGAAAACUCCCCUUUUCAUACUCCAGUUAUCACUGUAAGUGCAUCAGAUGCAGAUGAAGGUGCCAACGGAGAGGUUACGUAUGAAUUUAGCCGAAUAUCAGAUAAAUCACAAAAGCUUUUUUCACUAGAUGAGAAGACUGGAGAAAUCAGUGUGUCUGGUGACAUAGAUUAUGAAGAGGGAUCGAAAUAUGAAGUGUUAGUUGAGGCCAAAGAUGGUUAUGGUCUCUCUUCAGAAGCAAAAGUAAUUAUUGAUAUCACUGAUGUGAACGACAACGCCCCAGUUAUAUAUCUAAAAUCACUCAGUAGUCCCAUACCUGAGAACGCGUCACCUGGUACAGAGGUGGGCAUCAUUAACGUGCAGGACAGAGACUCUGAGAGUAACGGGCAGGUCCGCUGCUCCAUUCAGCAAAACGCCCCCUUUAAGUUGGUUCCUUCUAUUAAAAACUAUUAUUCUCUGGUGACCACAGGACAACUGGACCGUGAACUAGUGUCUGAUUACAACAUUACAAUCACCGCCACUGACGAGGGCUCUCCACCUCUGUCCUCCUCUAAAACUGUUCAGUUAUCUGUAGCAGACAUCAACGACAACCCACCGGUGUUUGAGGAACAGUCCUACAGCGCAUAUGUGACUGAAAAUAACAAACCUGGCUCCACUUUAUGUUCCGUUAGUGCUCGAGACCCCGACUGGAGACAAAACGGUACAGUGAUUUAUUCUCUGUUACCCGGUGAGGUGAACGGUGCCCCGGUGUCCUCCUAUCUGUCUGUUAACGGAGACACGGGGGUGAUCCACGCUGUGAGGUCGUUUGAUUAUGAACAGUUCAGGAGUUUUAAAGUCCACGUGAUGGCCAGAGACAACGGUUCUCCUCCGCUCAGCAGCAACGUGACCGUCAGUGUCUUCAUAUCGGAUGUGAACGACAACUCUCCUCAGAUUCUGUACCCCGCCCCGGAGGGCAACUCCUUCAUGACCGAGCUGGUCCCCAAAGCUGCACACGGAGGCUCUCUGGUGUCCAAAGUGAUAGCGGUGGACGCGGACUCCGGACAGAACGCCUGGCUGUCCUAUCAUAUAGUCAAAUCCACCGAUCCGGGACUUUUCACUAUCGGGGUCCACAGCGGAGAGAUCAGGACCCAGCGGGACAUUUCUGAGUCUGACAGCAUGAAACAGAACCUUAUUGUGGCAGUGAAAGAUAACGGACAGCCCUCUCUCUCUGCCACCUGCUCCAUGUAUUUACUUAUUUCUGAUAACUUGGCUGAGGUGCCAGAACUGAAGGACAUUUCUUAUGAUGAGAAGAACUCCAAGCUGACCUCAUACCUGAUCAUCGCGCUGGUGUCUGUGUCCACCUUUUUCCUGACCUUCAUUAUCAUCAUCCUGGGUGUGAGGUUUUGUCGCAGGAGAAAGCCCAGACUGUUGUUUGAUGGAGCAGUCGCCAUCCCCAGCGCUUAUCUCCCUCCUAAUUACGCAGAUGUUGACGGCACAGGAACUUUACGCAGCACUUACAAUUAUGACGCCUACCUGACAACGGGUUCUAGGACCAGCGACUUUAAGUUCGUGUCAUCUUACAAUGACAACACACUGCCUGCUGACCAGACUCUGAGGAAAAGUCCAACUGACUUUGCUGAUGCGUUUGGAGAUUGUGAUGCUUCUCCUGAGGUAGGAACAGGUGCCACAUAUCGUUGGUCCUGCUAUUAGCUGACAUUCAUCGAAUAUGUUCCAUAAUUUUCUUUCUCUUUGGUUAUUUCAGAUCCAGUAAAAUGUUACUACAAACUAUAACGUGUUGUUGUUCAUGCAUCCCCUAUUUGUCGACCUACCUUCUUCACCAAAGUGCUUAAUUCAGCAUCUGAAAUAUUGAUGUUAAUAAUUUUUUAUAUCCAGAUUCAGUGAUACACAAACUUUUUUUUUCACCUCUUUUUUUUUGUUUUUCUAUUGAAACAUGAGGAAUUGUCUAUCUCUUGCUCUGUCUGUCUCUUUCUCUUCAUAAACUGUACAGUCUUUGAUGCUUAACUGUAUAUUGAGCACUCUCUCCCUGCUCUUCAACUGAAUGUCGACUAUAUUAUGUAUAUACUGUAUUUAAAUAGCUGGUCAGUUUUCGUGUUUGCUUCAGCUAAGACUGCAAUAGGUUUCAUUUUCUAUACAUAUUUACGACCCUGGUGUGUUCGCUUCUGUGUCUUUGGUUGAGCUGCUUCUAGUUUUUUGUGUCUCUGUCCUUGGUGCUGAGCCUCGCUGUUACCCUGUUGUUAGUUUUUCAGGAACAACUUACAUCUGUCCUGUUACCAUGUAAAAACAUAAAUUAGCUUUCUUAUGUUUUGGAUUUUAGCUUUCCUUAUAUUAAGACACGUCUAUUUUCCACUUUUUAAGUAACGCUGUAACUCCA